ACGUCACGGCGUUCUUUAAAAAGCACCGAGAAAACAAUCGGCAUUGAGAAAAAUAGAUGCCCUCCGAUCUUACUAAAAGCGGUGGCUGUGACCCGCAGUUAGAGCGAGCUAUAUAAGCAAAGGCGAAGAACUACCUAUAGAAGCCGCCUCGGCAAACAUGGUGUCCCCGGUGACCGUGGUGAAGAGUGAAGGUCCUAAACUCGUGCCCUUUUUCAAAGCCACCUGUGUCUACUUUGUCCUCUGGUUGCCAACCUCCAGCCCUUCCUGGUUCAGUGCCCUCAUCAAAUGUUUGCCAAUCUUCUGCUUAUGGGUCUUCCUGCUGGCACAUGGGAUCAAUUUCCUGACAGCCCAUCACAAUGCCUGUAGGAUCUUUGCUGGCUUGAUAUUCUCUGCCUUGGGAGAUGCUUUCCUCAUCUGGCAAGAGCAGGGCUACUUUAUUCACGGCUUGUUGAUGUUCGCUAUUACACACAUAUUGUAUUCCUCAGCAUUUGGAAUUAAACCUUGGGACCUGAAAGUUGGCCUUGGGUUUGGCUUGGUGUCCAGUUUCUGCUACACUUUCCUGUAUUUCUACCUUUCAGGCCCAUUUACCUAUUUGGUAGCUGUCUACGUUGCCUUAAUUGGCUUCAUGGGCUGGCGGGCUAUGGCUGGUGUGCAGCUCUGCAAUGACCUUUGGACUUGGACCAAGCUUUCUGCUUGCAUCGGCUCUGUGCUCUUCAUGGUAUCCGACCUGACUAUUGCGGUCAACAAAUUCUGCUUUCCUGUCCCCUACUCAAGGGUCAUCAUCAUGGCCACUUAUUACGCGGCUCAAAUGCUCAUUGCACUUUCUGCGGUGGAAAACAAGGAUGAAGAAGUUUUCAAAAAGAGAAAAUAAGAGACUGAUGCCCGCACAUUCAUCAGCUCUGUUGGGGAUGCUACAGCUGCACUCAUCCUGGAGGAUGUUUCAGAAUCUGUGACUGCAAAUCUUGCUUCUUUGAAGCUCUUCUUUAUAUUAUUUGGAUGGUCUUGUCUAGUCCUAUUGAAUGGUGUAUGGAACUCACAGUGGAGGUUUAGAGGUUUAGGUUUUUAGAGUAUUUACUUCCUGACCCUUGGAAACCUCUCUUAACACAUUAGUAUAUUUGUAUAAUAGAGAAACUGGUGCUGAACAUUCCAGUGGGACAAAGCUCGUUUCAGGACAAUAUUAUUAUUAAAUAGGGUAGGCAAUACACUGGAAUGUAAGAGCUUUGCCUUCAACACGGAAUGUGCAAAAAUCACACACAAAAGAGUCUCCAUGCUGCCUAAGCCCCUGUAUUACAUACAUUGCAUUAGAACUGUGAGCCAUUGUGAGUCUACACAAGAACUCUUUGGGACCUGAAAAAUAAUCACAGGAUGUAGGAGCACUCAUGUCAAUCACUAUGGGAAAUGUAAUUUAUGCUGUCCUUGGGAGAAAUCAGCUUAAAUUCCAGAUUUGUGAAAUCAUGUAUUUAUAGGCCAAGCAUAGCCUUUUUCUUUUUAUUUUGGUGAAUGUGAAUCCUGCAGAGCAUCUGUUUUUCUGCAGAUUUUAAAAGCAACAACAAAAUGCAAUGAACUUUCUCAGGCUGGUAGAGGUUGGAGGCAGGAGAAAACGUGGAAAAAAGGGGUUUUAACCAUAAAACAAGUCAUGCUGUUCAGUGAAUCAGCGCUUCCAAGGGAAAAUGUCCAAUGUUAUUAGUACUGAAACACUUGGGCGUUUUUAAGACACCAGAUGCUUUGUAGACAUAAUCGAUUGGCCAAGAAAAUCACCUUCUUGUACAAGAUUCUCAGCCUCUUCCUCUCCACAAUCAGUGCCAGUGUGUCUUGGAAGAGAACGCACAUGCAAGAAUCUGAGUCAGAUGUCACGAAGAACGACUGUGAAAUGGGUUUCUAAGGUACAUUUGCAAUUCACUCUUCACCUGUGGACUAUUUAAGGCGAAGCCAGUGUCUCCCAGGCAUUUGCUCUCUUCUUUCUGUAGAUGUGCACAUCAACAUUUCCCCAUCACGUCCAGCAAGAGCUGUAGACUUUGCAGGUGCCUUCAUGCCUACAGCUGCAGCAUGGAUCAUGCUGACGGGCACAUCCAAUCACCAAAGUGCUGAGAAACUAUCGCUUCACCAUGCUCCAGAGCCACUCAUUUGCUCAUUUUCGUCUGGCAACAAGAAAUUGCCACCGGACCAGUCAGCCUGGGUGGGAAGUCCAGUGGCAUGCUGGCACUUUCCCUUGUUUUGUGGCAUCCAGCAUACAAAAUAGGUUCUGUUGACUAGCACUGCAACAAUCAAGUGUGAAAUCCCUUGGGUCCACUCCCUUCUGCUUUUGCUCAGUGGCAUUUUGGGGGACAUAAUUUCCCCUACGUAUUUUUCUUAUUACAUUUUUUCUUCUUCUUCUUCACAAUCUGUUAUAUAUGAUCAUGUCAAUGUUUAUUUCUAAAUAUUUUGCUGGCUUGAUGCCAUUCAGAUUUGUUAGAACGUCUGCAACACUCAGAAUUCUUUGUCAGCUAUAGGACUAUAGGAACUGUAAAACUCCCUGGAAGACACCAUGUUGGGGAAGACUGACAUAGAUCAGGGGGCCCCAACCCCCUGGCUGCAGCCCACUACAUUCAGAACUGGGCCGCGCAAGUGGGCGAGGGUGCUGAUGUGCAUACCUCCACUUGCGUGAGUGGCAGGUGUGUUCGCUUGUGUGCAAAGCUCCAUUUGCAUGGAACCAUCCCCUCCCCGUUGCCACCACCGCCAGUCUGCAAAGCUGGAAAGGAUGGGGACCAUUGAUGUAGAGCAUCUCAUUAGAUUUCCCCCAUCAUAUUAUUUCAUGAGGAUUCUCUUUCUGCUUGCAAAAGUAAUUGUGUAGAAAUGUAGUCACGGGAGUUAUAUUUUUGUAUAACUUCUUGCAAAACCUUCACAGUAAAUAUUGUUGGGAAUGCUAAACAAUCGACAUCUGGAAGCUGGUUCUCAUUCAAUAAUCCCUUGUUCAGCAUGUGUUUGAACUUAGGAUAGUGCUGAUUGAGUGGUGUGUGUAUAAAAUCAGUCCUUGAAGCUGCAGUUCUUGCAGCAAUCCCUGUAGUUAUCUGAUUGCGACCCAAGUGCUUGGCAACCAGCUUGCAAUGACAAUGUCGCAGCAUCCCACAGUCCCUUGAUUGCCGCUUGUGAUCUUCACUUCAGGCUUCUGACGAGGCAAGUCAACAGGGAAGCUGGUUGUGACUCACAAAUGGCAGCCAUAUGACAUCACUCUUUUAACGGCAUUGUGAGAAUUGCUUAAUAGUGACAAGUGGCAGAACUGCUGUCAGGAAGCAACACAGUUAGGUGACAUUGCUCUUUGCAACUUUACUUAGUGAUGGGAAUUCCAGUCCAAAUUGUUGUUAACUAGAACUAUCAGUAUUGGAAAAUAUUUCAACUUGCUCUCCUUUUACCCAGCUAUGUCCUAUUAAUCAUAAAUAAUCCUAGACAUCCAGCCCAUAAUCUCAGUGAUCCCAUGUUUCCCAGAGAUGCAACUAUACCCCAGAUUUUAACCAUGAAAUGGAAGAAUGCAUUUUAAGACUUUUCCUAAUUAUGCCAGCAAUACAUUACUAUCAGUUCAGGAAACUGGGAAUUUUUGCCAUGAUAUAAUCUGACGUCUUUACUACUAUUUCAUUAGAGCAGCAUGUUUUGCAGAUAGCUGCUAGAAUAGAUUUGAUUUACGGAAGGAAUUAUUCAAGGAAUAAUUCAAAGUCAAACCGUUCUGAAAUCAUUUUGUUCCUUUAUCCCUUAUUCAACAAUCAGGGGAGGAAAAGUAAAAGUGACAUAUAGUUUACACUUUAGGUAAGACUUGAAUGAAUCACUGAGUGAUUUUUCAAUGGGCAUUGCUUGCUGAUAUCUCUCUGAGGAAAACCUCCUCUGAUUUUAUAUCGGGGUAGAAAUCUGGCCAAGUUUUAAAUCAACAUAGCAAUAAGGGACAUGGUGAUGAUAUCCAAAUUUGCUAACUGCUUCUUUAAAAAGUAUAGAACUCCCACUGCAGAGCUGUUCAAAGAACCAGCCACAGAGGAACAAGGCUGCUUGUCAUGUACUGUAUUUGUAUCCCAUGAUUGAUUUGGUUUUGUUUUUUCCUUAAAAGAGUUCGCUGAUUGUAUGACUUUUUUUUUAAUGUACCUGUGCAGUUUGGCUGAUUAUGAUCUCUUCUGAAUUAGGAUAUUUGACCUGGGACUGCUUAGGCAGCUGCUCAUAAAACAAACUGAUUCAUUUGUGACUUUGCCUUUGAUACAAUUUAGAUACACUCUUGUUAAUGUGAAAAAGAAGAGGAGGAGGAAGAAAAGAAGAAGAAGAAGGAAGGAUGUGAGUGAAUAUGGAUAUACAUGAGCCAAACAUGGAUAUACCUUUUUUAAUGGGAGCAUCAUACAUCAUGUUCAUCUAUAGGUGAUGCUCUUGUAGGAUGCAAGAUCUUGCAAGAUCUUCCAUAGUCUUUCAAUGUAUUAUGAAAUUGUCUUCUCCAUCUGUUCUUCUGUAGUCCCAUCUACUCUCUUAAGUCUAACACUGUGUUUAGUUAAAUUGUUAGUCUAAUUAUUUUGAUCUAUAGAAUUCCAAAAUUUUAAGGAAAACUAAUGGUGUAACAGUAAAUGCAUUCCAGAGUUGGUAGGGACCUAAAUGUCUCAUUUGCCACUUCAGCCUUGAUAAAUGGCUAACUGGUUUCAACAUUUACACUCCCCACAAAUAAUAAUAAUAAUAAUAAUAAUAAUAAUAAUGUAAAUAGAAGAAGAAUUGUUGUGGCAAAAGAAAGCAGAGAUAACACCAAUAGUGAUGGGUCCUUGAGUGCAAUCCCCGAAAAAUCUGG